GGGAAUUAGUGGGUCAGGCGAGGAGAAGAGGCUCCGCCCACCGCGCUGGCAAGGUGCGUCAAAGCAGGUAGCGGCGAUUUCCGCUCUCGCCCAAUGGGCGCCGUCCUCCCGCGUGACGCCACGAGGGAGCCGUCCAGCCAUUGGGCGAGGCGCGUCGGUUGGGGGCGUGGCUAGAAUGCCGGCCGGCGUCGGUCCGCUUGCCAGGGCAGCGGUGGCUCAGACGGAGAGAAGCCGGCUGCGGGGCGGAUGGGGCUCCUUGAUCUUGAAUGGAGGGACUGUUGCCUUCUUUCUUUCUCUUGGCAAGCUUCUUUUUCAACUGGAUUCUGCCAUCUACGGUUUCCAGCGGCGACCAAGGAGAAGAUCCUCCAAUUUCAUCAUUUUUAGGGCUUCUCUAACUACAUUCGAGUCGUUACUCGUUACUCCUUUCUUAUAUCUUCCCAGAACCCUUUUUCUAUUGGCGAUCCUCCAUUAGAUUCUAUAGAUCAGUAGCCACCAGCUUCAUAUCCUCUCAAAUAUUCACCUCCCAGAAUCCUCAGCCGGCUGGACCAACUGCCAGGAAUUCUGGGAGCUGAAGUCCAAAACUCCAAAGGUUCUAUUUAAUUACCUUCCUCUCCCUUCACCCUGUCAUUGAAAACAAUGGAAUAUCACUCCUUCUUCCUAACGCCCUCAUCCAGGGCUUUCCUGGGCUUUAGAUGUUCCUGACGUGGCCCUCAUGGUUGACAGUGCCAUAGAUGGAAAUGUAGUUACUCUUCCUUUAUUUCUUCUUGUUUGGGAAUGUACUUAUACUUUAACUUCUCUCUGCCUUCUCUUUGUUCCCCUGUCCUUGGUCUUCAUUCAGGACCCUCUCUUUGGGUGAUAGGGUCGGGGUUGUAGAGAUUCUGCUUGCAACUUACAGCCCCAUAACAUUUUCCCCAUGGAAAUCCCAUAGUCUUAUCUUCUCCUCCAUUCUUGACUUCCAUCGUUGACCGCAACUCUUAUCCUUCAUCCUUGAUCUCCAUUGUGUCUUCCAUCUUUGUCUUCCAACCUUCGCCUCCACCCUUGACUUCUAUUUGUAUCCUCCAUCAUUGUCCUCACUUGUGGCUUCCAUCUUGACUUCCAUCUUUCUCCUUCACCCUUGACUUCUCCAUUCUUGUCCUGUUGUGUCUUCCAUCCUUCUUUUCCCUCGUUGAUUUCCAUCCUUGUCUUCCAUUGUUACUUUCAUCCUUCUCUUUCAUCCUUGACCACCAUCCUUGUCUUCCAUCAUUGACUUCCUUCCUUCUCCUUCAUCCUUGACUUCCAACAUUGCCUGCUUUCCUUCUCCUUCAUCCUUGUCCUCCAUCCUUGUCUUCCAUCGUUGACUUCCUUCUCUUUCAUCCUUGUCUUCUAUCAUUGACUUCCAUCCUUCUUCAUCCCUGACUUCCAUCAUUGACUUCCAUCAUUGACUUCUUUCCUUCUCCUUGAUCCUUGUCCUCUAUCCUUGUCUUCCAGUUGACUUCUUUCCUUCUCCUUCAUGACUUCCAUCCUUCGUCUCCAUCCUUGACUUCCAUUCUUAUCCUCCAUCCUUGUCCUCCUUGGUGUCUUCCAUCCUUGUCUUCCAACCUUCUCCUCCUACCGGCUCCAUACGCAACGUCUAAGGUUUCUGCCCGCCGAAGCCCCCGACAAUGGACUUCCUCCUUAGCGGCGUAGCAGCCUGUGGGGCCUGCCUCUUCACCAACCCCUUGGAAGUGGUGAAGACUCGCAUGCAGCUGCAGGGAGAGCUGCGUGCCCCGGGCACUUACACCCGCCAUUACCGCAACGUCUUCCACGCCUUCUACACCAUCGGCCGGGUGGACGGCUUGGCUGCUCUCCAGCGAGGGCUCAUGCCCGCCCUGCUGUACCAGUUUGGCUUCAACGGCAUCCGCUUGGGCACUUACGGGAUGGUCGAGACGGCUAGCUACAUCCACGCCUCCGACGGACGGGUCAGCCCUCUGCGGACCACCGUGGCCGGAGCAUUGGCCGGGGCGAUGGCAGCUAUUGCGAGCAGCCCCAUUUAUCUGGUGAAGACCCACAUCCAGGCUCAAUCCGCUGCUGAGAUUGCGGUGGGGCACCAGUAUCAACACCAGGGGAUGUUCCAUGCACUGACGAUGAUUCACAAAGAACACGGCAUUCUGGGAUUGUGGCGGGGAGCCAUUUCAUCCGUACCCCGGGUCAUGGUGGGCUCCGCAACGCAGCUGGCCACUUUCUCCUCUGCCAAGGAGUUCUUCCAGCGCCUUGAGGUAUUUCCAAAGGACAGCUGGUUGGUGGCCCUGAGCGCUGGCAUGGUAAGCAGCUUCACCGUGGCCCUUGCCAUGUCACCCUUUGACGUGGCUAGCACCCGCCUCUACAAUCAGCCCGUCGGACCAGAGGGUCAGGGUCUGAUCUACAAGGGUCUUCUUGAUUGCCUUGCCAAAAUCAUCCGCUCAGAGGGCUUCUUGGGGGUCUACAAGGGAUUGGGAGCCUGCUACUUCCGCAUCGGGCCCCACACCAUCCUCAGCCUGCUGUUCUGGAAUGAGCUGCGCCAGAACUAUGCUCGCUGGGCACAGAAGCGGUGACGGCGAUGGCAGAUAACAAUGCGAGAUGCCCACUGGGGGUGUCACUUUCCUGGAGAGUUUAAGAAGCCUUGAGACCUGCAAGGCUUUUUUUGCAUUGGACAUCAACCAUGGGGCCAACAUAACCUUGGCGAGUGACUUCUGCUCUCGAAGUCGAGGGAUUGAGCAAUCAGACUCUUUUUUGCACAGCAUCCCAUCGUGUGGCAGCUGAUCCUUAUUGUUUUGUUUAAUCUUCUCUCUUCUCUGUUAUUGCAUUGUACAUUGAGAAACUACUUGAGGACCUUCAAGAAAUCUGUGAGACUCUUGUAUCCAGAUCCUUGUCCUUGUUGUGGACUAGAGAUACGGAACUAGAACAGCUCUCUGGAUAUUCAUGGGCACAACAUAUCACCUGCAAAGCUGAAUGUAGUUCAUAAGAUGCCUAUUAUGGUCUGCUGAAAACUUACUAGCUGCUCAAUAGGUCCAGGCAGGUGGAUUCUGGUUGGUCUUUCUGUAGGAUGGCUCUAGGUCCCAGCGAGACUCAGAGCAAAGUGCCGUACCUGCUACAUCUCUUUCAUGCCAUUUUAGUAACCAUGGCUCCAUCCUAUAUAAUCCUAGGAUGUGUAGUUCAUAAGGUACUAGACUUCUUGUCAAAAAGCACUGGUGCUCUACUUUUAAGGGGGCAUGCUAAAGAGUACCAGGCCAAAUUAUAAAUCUCAGGAUUCAUGGGACAGACGCAUGAGUGUUAAAGUGGUCUUGCACUGCUGUAAUUGUGCAGUGCGGAUGUAGCCCAAUUUGUGGCUUGUUGCAGGUUCUUGGACUCCCAACGGUAAGAGACUAUGGGGCCUGCAGUCUAAAACAUCUGGAAGGCCAAAUGAUUGUUAUUUUUGGGUAAGACAAGAGAGGCGCACAAAUGUGCUCUUUUCAAAGUUUCAACUCUUUAUGUUAUCUGAGUCAACCUCACUGUCUAGUAUCAAACUAUUCAAAUCCAAAGAAAUAAAGUUGGUUCGCCUCUA